GGUAUUUGGUAGUUUAUGACUUACAAGGAGUUGAUCUCGUUAACGAAUUCUUAUUAACAGAUCCAGCUAUACAUUGUGUUGAUUUAUUAAGGUUUGGAAUAACAAAUUUAGGAAAGAGCGGAAUUCAGAGAUGUUUUUUGGCAAAUCAUAAAUGUAAUGAUAUUUGUAAAAAGUUAAAGUUAAGUAGUAUUAAAUUGGGAUUCGGAAGUGGUUCUUGGCAUGCUUUAAGUUCAUUAAUAUUUGCGAGAAAAUAA